UCAAAAUGGCGCUUACCUGAGGGGAGCGCCUGUAGGGUAAGUUGUAAGAAAGUGAGGUACUAGUUGCUGCAGGAGUUAUGGGGUUAAUUCGACUGUUGCUCACCUCCAUGGCUCGAGUGAGUGCGUUUCGCUCAUAUCAGUUCGUCUUUUUGAUUGUAGCAGCGCUGGCCGUCGUAGCCUUUUAUUAUUUUGGCACAGAGCGUCAGAACUUCUCCACUACUACCCGGCGUAUGAAACAAACUCAGGCUAGCUACGGCACUGGCAGCGACGUGAUAACCCCAGAUCGGGCAGCGACGACCAAUUUCCACGUUCUUAUGAUGUUCACCAAGGCAGAUGGAAAUAGUGGGUUACAACGCAAGAUGCGCAUUGCCCUCAGUAGCUUACUCCAACACGCGAGUUUCCAGGACGGGGAGCAACUUCACUUGCACUUUGUCAGCGACGAUGCGAGCAAGGGGAUUGGGCAUCAAGCUCUGGCUGAGCUGCUUGUCAACGCUACCUUCAACUACGAGGUAAGAUUCCAUAGUGUGAUCAAACUGACUGAACGCCUGUUCCCCAUUGUAAAGGCAAUGCAGAAGCACUUCAGCGCUGGCUCUGGUACCUACUAUAGUGAUGCCAUCUUCUUCCUCUCUGUAGCAAUGCACCGUAUAAUGCCAGCAGAUAUCAAGAGGAUUGUACAACUCGAUCUUGACCUAAAGCACAGAGUGAAUAUCAGGGAGCUGUUUGAAGAGUUCCAAAAUUUCCCCAGUGGUGCUGUUAUUGGAAUUGCUCAUGAGAUGCAGCCAGUCUACAGAAGUUUUUGAAACUGGCAGAUGUUAUCUGACAUGAGGAGGCCAACCAACUAAAGCCAAUGUAUUAUCCAUUUACUUGUUUGGGACUCUCUGUUAUGAAGAGUGACAUAGGUAAUCUUUUAACAUUUUUUGCAGUAUUGCUACAUGUACUGGUAUAUUUUACUCCUCUAUGCCAAAAAAGCAAGCAAGGCAAAAUGGGAGAGAGUUGAUUGAGGUAUCAUGCUUCACAUAUGAUGUUGUUAAUUUUUACACAUGUACUAAUCAUUCAUGUUUAGAGUUAAAAAAUAAAAAACAAAAAAUUAGUGAAAAGGUUUAGAAUGAAUACUGUUAAAAGACAUGGUGAAUAUGACAUUUGGGGUUAUGAGAUUUAAUUUUUUUUUUCCUUGAAUUAUGAUAACAGAAAUGGAUUACAUGUGUCAAACUUGUCUAUCACAUUUUCCUACUCAUUGUUCACAGUCUGUUAAUUGACCAGUAAUUUCUGGUGCAAUAAAAUGAAGUGGUAGAAUAUCAUAGUUCUUUUAACUGCCCAUCCCAACUGACUGAAAGUCGGAUUAUUUUAAAUUAUUGUUUUUCUGCAUUUCUUGAUGUUGUAAAAAAAGGGAAGCAUAUGUUCAUACCCAUUUCAAUUUCUUUAUAUGGCUUAAAGGAUUUAAGACACUUUAAAAAAA